AUGACAGUUGGCAAUGAAAUAAUCCCUCCUCAGCUGAAGGUAAAAACAUGAUAGCAGAAAAUCACAGCUUACUGGCUUUAUUGUCCGACCAUCUAGGACAGACGUGUUUUUUAAUUCAUCUAAUUUCCAGUUCCAAUUCCAGGAUUGGAUAGGUAUAAGCAAUAUGAUUGUAGCUCUACCUUGUCCUUGGCUAGAUGGACAUUUUGCCAUAUUGAUUUUAAGGUUGACAGAAUUGCAUAGAAGUCAGGGUUGGGUACAAUUCAGAAUUUUGGAAUUGACUUCCAUUGAACUCGUGAGUUGAAAUUCGAAUUGAAUUGGCCACACCCCACAUGAUGUACAAUUUUGAAUUUGAGAAAGGUUUUUCUUCGGUUGGUGAACUUCAUCACUGACAUCCUGGAACUGCAGAGAACUCUGGUGAAGACGUGUCGGAAUGUGACUGAUCUGUCCCACAGCACCAAUUCCCCCCCCCCCCCCCCCCAGGCUGUCAUGGAAAGAGCAGGUGUUCUUAAUGUUUUGUAUAAACAUUUCAUUUGUUUGGCUUCUUGAAAGGCCUAAGGGUCAACUUGAGGAUUAGACUAAUGCAUUCUGGGAAAUGUUGUAUUUUCCCCAUAUUGAACAAAAUGUAAGUGGUUUAUGAAAUAUAAUAACUUAGAAUAUUUGCAUACAGGUUUUGUUUUCCUUGAUAAUUAAUUAUAAGUUUGUCCUGAAAAUCAAUUGCUUCAACAAUAUUUUCUAUGCAUGUAUAAAACGAGGCAUAUAAUAUGUAUAUUUGCAUAGACAACACCUAAUAUAGAAUAGAACAGGCAUUUGAAUUUCUUUGAAUUUCACUGAAUUAAAUUAUAUUUCCUUUAUUUCAAAAUCGAAUUGCAAUUCUGUAUCCUGUUUACUACUUCUAUUCAAAUUCAAUUCAAUAAUUUAAUUUGAAAUUGAGGCGUUCUCAAUUCUAAUCUGAAUUGAGCACAACCUUGCUAGGAGACAGGUGUCAAUUUGGAAUUGUAGUCCAAUUACCCUGCUGGUGUCUCCUCCUAUCUCGUCUCCAGGACCUGGACAGGCGGCUGCAGGAGGUGAAUGCCUUUAUCAGGGCUGACUCAAGGGUGUCCUCCAACCCUAUCAUGAAGGUGUUGUCUCCAGAGCCACGCCUGUUCCUGACCUCGCUGCCCAACGACUCCCAGAUCCACAGCCCAGCAGUGUGGAACUGCAGGGAGAGGGUGUCCCUGCUCAGCCUCACCCGCAUUGUGGAGCAGAAUGACGGAGAAAACACCCUGCCAGUGCUCUGGAGGUUCCUGCACAAGGUAAGAGGUAUCACUAAACAAAAGCCACUUUAUUUAACUAGGCAAGUCAGUUAAGAACAAAUCCUUAUUUACAAUGACGGCCUACACCGGCCAAACCCGGACGACGCUGGGCCAAUUGUGCGUCGCCCUAUGGGACUCCCAAUCACAGCUGGUUGUGAUACAGCCCAGGAUCGAACCGGGGUCUGUAGUGACGCCUCUAUCACUGCGAUGCAGUGCCUUAGACCGCUGCGCCACUCGGGAGGCCUGGCUAUGUUCUAUCAUUGAGAGCAACUGAACAUGCAAAUAAGGAAAACCUUGUUCAGUGAUGACAGAUUUUUAAAAAAGCAUGCCGUGUUAAAUGUGAACAUACCAAGGAAAAUGUGUAUGCACAAGUCAUUUCUAUUAUUGGGCUCUGACUUUCUUUUCAAUCAUAACCUUAGCUGCUCAGCAUUUAUAGGCCUUAUACGGUUUACCUGUCAGUAGUUUAAUGCCUUGUGAUUGGUUGCAUUCUGUCAGCAGAUAUUUUACUGAACCCUGUGAUUGGUUGCAGGAGGCAGAGCUGCGGUUGGUAAAGUUCAUCACUGACAUCCUGGAACUGCAGAGAAAUCUGGUGAAGACGUGUCGGAAUGUGACUGAUCUGUCCCACUGCACCAUUGCCAAAUUCCUCCAGAGACAGGAAUCAGGUACUGUAACACAGGUGUCAAACUCAUUCCAUGGAGGACCGAGUGUCUGCGGGCUUUCACUUUUCGCUUGUACUUGAUUGAUCAAUGAAGAUCACUGAUGAGUUAGGAACUCCCCUCACCUGGUUGUCUAGGUCUUAAUUGGACAACCUCACCUGGUUGUCUAGGUUCUUUAAUUGGACAACCUCACCUGGUUGUCUAGGUCUUAAUUGGAGAACCUCACCUGGUUGUCUAGGUCUUAAUUGGACAACCUCACCUGGUUGUCUAGGUCUUAAUUGGACAACCUCACCUGGUUGUCUAGGUCUUAAUUGGACAACCUCACCUGGUUGUCUAGGUCUUAAUUGGACAACCUCACCUGGUUGUCUAGGUCUUAAUUGGACACUAAUUGAAAGGAAAUAACAGAAGGUAGCCCUCCAGGACUGGAAUGAGUGUUACACCCCUGUGGUGUAUCUUCUGAUUGAUGCAGUGUUUCCCAGUCCUGGUCCUUGGGACCCAAAGGGGUGCACCUUUUUGGUUUUGCCCUAGCACUCAUACCACCUGUUAGUGCUAGGGCAAAAACCAAAAUGUGCACCCCUUGGGGUCCACAGGACCAGGAUAGGGAAACACUAAAUUAGUGGCAUUGAGCCAAAUCCUAACUUUAGGUGUUUGCGAAUUACUCAUCUUCGCGCAAAUAUCCUAAGGACAUCAGUGCAAAAUCUACGUAGAAGUCUAUGUAAACCAGGCUUAUCAACUAUUUUGUAAGCAUUCCAUAAAACGUGUCAUAAAGGAAUUGGAGGAGAUUUAAGGCUGGAUUCAAUCCGUAUCACCGAAGUAUCGCGGAAGAUCUGCGCUACAAUUUAAAGGUAAUUUCCGAAUUGGCCGACCAUAUGCAAAGUUUACCGUGAAUGCAGUCUCCGCGACCACGGGAACGUUGCCUUUUUAAUUGUCAAUCUCGCGCUAUAAAGCAGAUCUUCAGCGCCACGGAUUGAAUAGAGCCCAAAGUUUGUAAUUGGUUAUGUCUGUGUCCAUCUUUCCACAGUUCCCCUGAGAGCCUGGCACGAGAAACGGAUCAACAUCUUCCUGACAACAUGGAAUCAGCUUAGGGGCUUGCUGGCAACCAAUGGUAAUAGCACAGAUAAUCAUUGCCAUACCAGUUUGGGUCUAAUAAGAACAGAUAAACAGUGCCAUACCAUUUGGGGUCCAAUAGUGAUCCUAUAUAUAAUUACUUGCGCACACACGUUUUCAGUACUUAUUUGUUGACGUUUUUGUCAAACAACGGCAUCCUUAAAAGAAUGCAUGUGUUGGGCACUCGCUCAGAGAUCCUAGGGCACACUUCGUAGUGAACCCAAGCAUGUGAAAUAUUCUCACUUAUUCUGUCCUAAAUAUCUCAAUAAUUCAAUGAUGACCCCUGAUUCUGCUGCUGCUAUGCAGAUGAAUAGCCUCAUCUUGUGCCUGUUUUCCCAUCACAUCAAAAACAAUCUGUUUGUUUGGUUUCUGUAGGAGAGAUUAAGAUCCCUUUUGAGUUCUGCCAGAAGGAUCUGGACAUGACCAGUGACUUCCAGGUCCUGUUGCCACGGCGUCAAGGUCCUGGUCUCUGCUCCACAGCCCUGGUCAGCUACCUCAUCGCCUUGCAGAACGAGCUGGUCUACUGUGUGGACAAGCACCUUGGAGAGGAGACUAGGUGGAUGCAUGCUUACUUGUACUAAUUUCGCGUGAAACAGGGGGUUGGCAACACGCAUGAUAUUAUAAUACUUUUAUCUCCCAAAGUUUUUAGGUUAAAAAAAUAUAAUGUUGAGUUUUUAGGUUAAAAAAAAAAAGACUGUAAAAUCACCAGGAAUUCAGCUAAAAAUGAGUUUAAUUUAGGAAAUCUGUUCCCAAGUAUUCCCACAAAUAUAAAAAGAGACUUGACCGUGUCUCGAUGUGUUCAAGGUAUGAAAUUAUUGUUAUUUUCAAAUGCAAUCUCUUAUUGGGCUUAGCUGUGGUCAAUUUGCAGUGCACAAAUUAUCAUGCCCCGUUCCCCCAACCAUCCGCUUCGACAAAAAUCAUCCCGCGGCUGAAUCUAGUCGCCUUGCUACCCCUGAUCCUAGUCCUAGCACACCUCCUGGCAUAAAACAUUUGUAUGGCUUUAUGUCAAGGUAUAUCUGUUUUGAAAUAUCCUAGUGCUUUGUUGAAAUAUCCUAGUGCUUUGUAGAAAUAUCCUAGUGCUUUGUUGAAAUAUCCUAGUGCUUUGUUGAAAUAUCCUAGUGCUUUGUUGAAAUAUCCUAGUGCUUUGUUGAAAUAUCCUAGUGCUUUGUAGAAAUAUCCUAGUGCUUUGUUGAAAUAUCCUAGUGCUUUGUUGAAAUAUCCUAGUGCUUUGUUGAAAUAUCCUAGUGCUUUGUUGAAAUAUCCUAGUGCUUUGUAGAAAUAUCCUAGUGCUUUGUUGAAAUAUCCUAGUGCUUUGUAGAAAUAUCCUAGUGCUUUGUUGAAAUAUCCUAGUGCUUUGUUGAAAUAUCCUAGUGCUUUGUUGAAAUAUCCUAGUGCUUUGUUGAAAUAUCCUAGUGCUUUGUAGAAAUAUCCUAGUGCUUUGUUGAAAUAUCCUAGUGCUUUGUUGAAAUAUCCUAGUGCUUUGUUGCAUUUGAGUGAGGGAAAGAUAUAGAGAGAGAACAGCACAUUGAGACGGAAGCAGAAACUGUUGAUACCACAGCCCCAUAGUUUCAGGCCAUUUGUUGACUUAAUUCUUCUUUUCCCAGCUUUAAAGUGAGCCCAGCAGACCUAACGGACCUGCAUGUGAUCCAAUAUGAUCUGGAGAGGGACCUGCUGCCACUGAUCCUGUCCAACUGUCAGUACAGCAUGAAGCACGGCAAGGAGACCCUGCACGAGUACGACCUGCCCAAGAUCCAGCAGCAGAUCCUCUCCCGCUUCUUGCAGGGCAGGCCCAUCAUCACCCUCAACGUGAGUGCCAAUCGCUCAGUUGGUAGGAGCAUGGUGCGUCCAACACUAGUGUAGUGGGUUUAUUCCUGAAUGCACGACGUGUCCUGAUAGAAUAUACUGUAUGUUAACUGUAAGUCAGUUUGGGGUUAAAGGUCAGCUAAAUGACCAUAUGACAACCAGCGUUGGUGUCAAUUCCCAUUUCAAUUUAAUUCAUUAAUAAUAAGUACUUUAUUAUUUUAAAAAAUAAAUACAAUUAGCAUUAUUUGACAUUUCAAAUGGAAUUCACCCCAACCUUGAUGCUCAUAUAUUUACUAGUAUCAGCUAUUCAUGAUGUCAGUUAUUGGUUUCUACAGGGAAUCCCAACACUGGUGAACAGACAUGAUCGAAUUCAUGAAAUUAUUCUGAAGGACAUGAGAGGAAAGAUUGGACAAGUAAGUUCUGCUAAAAUCUAAAAACGAUAAGUCAGCCGUGUCUUCUUCCCAAAAGAUGAAUCACCAUUUUCACAUGAAGCUUUCUUUACUAGUUCUAGCCGAAUCAUUUUCUGCAGAUCUGAAGGAACCAGGAAUAUGGUGAUGGCUCCACCUAGCCACAAAUAUUGGAUUUGUGGAGCCACUGCCAUAUUCUGUCUAGUUCUUUCAGAUCUGAAAACACUGGGAAAGAGCAAGGGAUUUGACCUCUCUGCUUUGGAGCUAGGGAUUUGACCUCUCUGCUUUGAAGCAAGGGAUUUGACCUCUCUGCUUUGGAGCAAGGGAUUUGACCUCUCUGCUUCGGAACUAAGGGUUUGACCUCUCUCUGCUUUGUGUCUCUAGGUGCCUCUGCCCUCGCGGGCCCUGUCGACCCUAGUUGGGGAGCUGAAUUCGUACAAUGAGGUGUGUGAGGCCCUCUCCACCGUGGAGGUGGCCCUGGGGUUCCUGGCCAUGACCGGGGGAGAGCCUCACAUGCAGCUGGGCAGCUACCUAGAGGAGGUGCUGCAGAUGGCCGAUCAAACAGCUCCACACAUCCUCACGGUCAGCCUUGUGAUUCCGGACUUUAACACUAGCUUCCAUGUCAAGUCGUCUCCAACAGGCGCCGAUCUUUCACAAUAGCUGGGGCACGCUUUACAUUUACACAUGGACGUCUGUAAUAAAUGCUGAAUAUAAGUAUGAUUUCGUGUGCACGCAUAGAUUGCCGUUCUGCUCAUUUCACAGUCAAAACACAAGUCUGUCCCUUUUAAUGUAAAAGUAGUCAGUUCAUUAAAUCACUGAUUUAAGAUAACUGAAGUUACUUUUGUGGAACAAUACCAAAUACAUUUUCCCUUUUUGUAAGUAUAUGAAAAUGUAUGCUCUCACUAACUGUAAGUCUCUCUGGAUAAGAGCAUCUGCUAAAUGACUAAAAUGUAAACGUAAAAUCUCCUGUGCCUUCUAAAUGCAGACAGGCUAUUGGUCAUAUACUGUAAAUUAUAAUCUGCCAUAUUUAGGUCGUUCCACCAAUAGAGUGUAAUUUGGUUUUAAAAAAUAACGUUUUAUUUCACCUAAUUGUAAAAUGUAUGUACGCUUUGGAUAAAAGCGUCUGCUGAAUGGCAUAUAUUAUAUUAUUAUUUAACAUUCUGUCAUAAACAACACGUUAAAGUUAAUAAAACACAUGUUUUCCAAUCUCAAGAGGUUAAAUAAACAAUAAUGACUGUAGUAAGUACCAAUAAAAUGGCAAAAUCAAGUAACAGGGUUGAUGUUUUCAUCUUGUUCAAAGUUUCUUUUGAAAAAAUAAUUGAAAAGGGAAUAGUUUCACCGUAUUAAAAUGAGAGUUCAGUUCGUGUAACAGAGUUGACCUUUAAAAUGAGGGACAGACGUAAAUGAAUCAUUAAAUCACAUCAAAUAAAUAAUAAUCUUCAGACAUUACUUUGUUAAAGCAACAAAAUAACAAGGGCUUUACAACGAUGGUGAAAACUUCGAGAAAUGUUGGAGUUACGUGGGUAAAAUGUUUCCUAGAAGUCAUAAAAACAUGACGAGGGACGUACAUUUUCCAUCUGUUUCAUAUUAAAGGGCACAUAAUUUAAUAUAACAGGCUUUUCAUUCAAUAUUGGUGCACAAUUUCUACUUAAAAUAUCAAAGGGACGCAAAAAGCAAUCUAUUCGUGAAACGACACAUUUACGAACUGGAAAAUGUAAUCAUAAAAGGGUGUCACACUUACAUUUACAUUUACGUCAUUUAGCAGACACUCUUAUCCAGAGCGACUUACAUUAUUGGUGCAUUCACCUUAUAGCCAGUGGGAUAACCACUUUACAAUAUGUUUAUUUAUUUUUUUAUUUUUUGGGGGGGUGGGGUAAGGGGGGGGUAGAAGGAUUACUUUAUCCUAUCCCAGGUAUUCCUUAAAGAGGUGGGGUUUCAAGUGUCUCCGGAAGGUGGUGAGUGACUCCGCUGUCCUGGCGUCGUGAGGGAGCUUGUUCCACCAUUGGGGUGCCAGAGCAGCGAACAGUUUUGACUGGGCUGAGCGGGAACUAUGCUUCCGCAGAGGUAGGGGAGCCAGCAGGCCAGAGGUGGAUGAACGCAAUGCCCUCGUUUGGGUGUAGGGAUUGAUCAGAGCCUGAAGGUACGGAGGUGCCGUUCCCCUCACAGCUCCGUAGGCAAGCACCAUGGUCUUGUAGUAGAUGCGAGCCUCAACUGGAAGCCAGUGGAGUGUGCGGAGGAGCGUCGUGACAUGAGAGAACUUGGGAAGGUUGAACACCAGACGGGCUGCAGCAUUCUGGAUGAGUUGUAGGGGUUUAAUGGCACUGGCAGGGAGCCCAGCCAACAGCGAGUUGCAGUAAUCCAGACGGGAGAUGACAAGUGCCUGGAUUAGGACCUGUGCCGCUUCCUGUGUAAGGCAGGGUCGUACUCUCCGAAUGUUGUAGAGCAUGAACCUACAGGAUCAGGUCACCACCUUGAUGUUAGCGGAGAACGACAGGGUGUUGCCCAGGGUCACGCCAAGGCUCUUCGCACUCUGGGAGGAGGACACAACGGAGUUGUCAACCGUGAUGGCGAGAUCAUGGAACGGGCAGUCCUUCCCUGGGAGGAAGAGCAGCUCUGUCUUGCCGAGGUUCAGCUUGAGGUGGUGAUCCGUCAUCCACACUGAUAUGUCUGCCAGACAUGCAGAGAUGCGAUUCGCCACCUGGUUAUCAGAAGGGGGAAAGGAGAAAAUGAGUUGUGUGUCGUCUGCGUAGCAAUGAUAGGAGAGGCCAUGUGAGGAUAUGACAGAGCCAAGUGACUUGGUGUAUAGCGAGAAUAGGAGAGGGCCUAGAACUGAGCCCUAGGGGACACCAGUGGUGAGAGCACGUGGUGCGGAGACAGACUUCAAACGGUACAAACAGCAUCCUCCAAUACGCGCCUGUCUCCAACAAACGCCAGGGGUGUAGUCUAAGCCAGGGGUAUUAAAUAUUGGUAUCUGUGACGCUAGAUCACUGAGAGUCAACUUGUGACCAAUUAUGUCAUGUUUAUACAAGAGGUUUGCUCAAUCAAAAUUGACCCCCACCACUAGGGCACGUCUUGGAUUGGAUAAGCAAUGUGUAGUUAUAGCCUUCUGAUAGGCCAGAGGGAAUUAUUGUCAUAUUUAUGUGCACCUAUCUAGUUAAUUCAUACACAAGUGCUUAGUCAUUUAAAGCAGGGGUAGUUUGUGUGUACGAUUAGGCUAACCUCAGUAUCUGCCCAGGGCCUGAGGACAAUCUCAAGCAUGGCUAACCUCAGGUCUCCUCCUAUUGUCCUCAGGCCCUGGGCAGAUACUAUCUCAAGCAUGGCUAACCUCAGGUAUUCUCCUAUUGUCCUCAGGCCCUGGGCAGAUACUAUCUCAAGCAUGGCUAACCUCAGGUCUCCUCCUAUUGUCCUCAGGCCCUGGGAAAAUACUAUCUCAAGCAUGGCUAACCUCAGGUCUUCUCCUAUUGUCCUCAGGCCCUGGGCAGAUACUAUCUCAAGCAUGGCUAACCUCAUGUCUUCUCCUAUUGUCCUCAGGCCCUGGGCAGAUACAAUCUCAAGCAUGGCUAACCUCAGGUCUUCUCCUAUUGUCCUCAGGCCCUGGGCAGAUACAAUCUCAAGCAUGGCUAACCUCAGGUCUUCUCCUAUUGUCCUCAGGCCCUGGGCAGAUACUAUCUCAAGCACUGUUUGGCACUGUGGCAGCUCCUGACAUCACUCAAAUCAGAGAACAUGCUGCGGCUUAAGAGGGUAAGACGUCUAGUGAAAUUGCUGGCUAGGGAGCCUCUUGGGUGUUUUAACAUGGUCAGACACUAUGAGGCGUGUCUGUAUUACUGUUUGAUGUGGUCAUAUGAAACAAUAGUUCACCUGUCAAGUUACAGUUCAGGAAUGAUUUAUAGGUUGACCAAGUCCUAGUUAACCGGAAAAUACCGAAAUCUUUCAAGGAACAGAAACGGAAUCUGGAAUGAAAGUGAUCCAUGCUGUUUUCCGGAACGGAACCGUUAUUUUAAAAGCAUGGGAACCGGUUAAUAAAGUUAUUUUAUGUUCCAGGCAUUUUUUCCAGUCCCACAACAAAAACGCAACAAAGUGCUUAUGCCAAGCCCUCACUCUGUCACAAGGAAACGUAUUCCAGUGUCUUCCUGUAAGCUGAAAAUCUUUGCGUUUGUGUAGGCUACCUGCCCCUCCCCCUCCGAAGCAUAGGCUACUGUAUUGACGUUACAUUCGUGAUUCAGAAGAUAGGAAGAGAGAUUUUUCAUUAGCUAGAGAAGAAUGGAUUACCUUUUUCAAUGCUGGUUAAGGAUACUAUAGAUCUAGUUAUCACAUUUCACAUUGGAUUUAUGAAGUACAAUAAGGUAAGAUGUGUUUUUAAUUCUGCUGCCGCUCUGCACACACCAGCAUGUUAGCUAGCUGGCUCAAAGGACGUUCAAAGUUCCUCCAUAGAAGCCGCUCCUAGGUAUAAUUCGGUGGACCUAAUUCAGAUAAUGCAUGUCAUAACAAGAUGCCCAGCGCUUCAAGCCUCCUCCUCAACCCUCUCUCGCUCUCUCCCCACCCGCAAAAUUUCAGUCGCAUCUUGCGCCAUAGGCUACACUUGUCUGUUGUUGAGGGUUCUUUGCACAGUGCUGAUAUUCUCUUAUUCUUAAAACUUAAACUUUAGAAAAAUGACACAGACAACGGCUUCUGAAUAUAUGUAAACGAUCUUUAGUUUUGCAAUUGCAGGCAGAAGUUAAUACAGAGUCAACAGGGUUUGUAUAGCUCUUCGUAAGUUCUGCAAAGUGUCUAAAACAAUCUAUGCUUUUUAUACUAGCACUCCCUUCCCAUAGCGUGAUGUUUACCCCUGACCCUGAACUUUCCCUAGCAACAACAAAGUAUUCUUCCUAAUCCUGUCUUCCCACGAACUCAGCAUCAGGGGGUGAGGUGUCAGACAAUAAAACGACGACAUGUCUAAAGUCAAUGUGGCAAUUGUGGUUUGCAGGUUUCUGAAAACCUUCUGCUGUCAAGGCCUCCAUAGUUUUUAAUGAUGUAAGCAAAUGCACAUAAUAGAUCAUAUAUUCCCCAUCACUGUCCAUCACACAUGUAAAGAACUAGCUUGCCUGCUCUAUCCGCACUGAGUGGUGAAGUCAUUUAAUGAGCUAAAUGUAAAAAAUGGUUGAUUUCACGGGUAAAGAAAUUACAGAAAGGAAUGAUAUAAACUGUUACUUUUUUGGGGUUCGAACCGGUUCAGAACUUUAUUUUGCAGGUUGGAACAGUGGAACGAAACAAAAAAAAUAGUGGUUCUGUUCAGAACGAAACGAUUGGAAAAUAAUUUUUGUCAGGUGUCAGUGUGCAGCGGUAGGAUGGAGUCAGGCGCAGGACACAGAACUGAGUAACAGACGAACUUUACUCGAAAAACAACAAAUCUAAUUUCCACGCAGGGAAAUACAUCAGCUCACAGCAGUAUGAACACCAAACAAAGAACAAUCACGCACAACACCAUGAGGGAACCAGAGGGUUAAAUAGGGAAACAAAUUAACGUGAUGGGAACCAGGUGUGUACAAUACAGACAAAACAAAUGGAAAACAGAAACGUAGAUCGGUGGCAGCUAGAAAGCCGGUGACGACGACCGCCGAUAGCCGCCCGCACAAGGAGAGGCACCAACUUCGGCGGAAGUCGUCACACCCCUGUUUAAAACUGCAACAUUUUCUCUCAGCCUCAUGGCUAAAUGUGAACGAAAGCAUGAGAUGCAGAGAAAAUUGUUCUCUGCCCAUGCCUAAAAGUGUAGAAUUGCAGGAAAUUAGCAUUUAAAACUGCAAAAUGUUCUCUCUGCAACGUGGCAAAAUGUGCCCCAGGGCCCCAAAUGCGCUAGUCCGGCCCUGGGCAUGCGUUAAAAUCGAGGUGGGGGAGAGAGCGAGUCUGCUACAUCUGGGACUUCAACAUCAAUAAAUGUUCUUUCAUAGCGACCAUAAUUAUGGGAAGCCCAAAUGAUUCUGAGUUUGGGCAUAUAAAGUUUAUAUGUGAAAACUAUUUUCACAAUUCACAUACUAUCCAAUUUCCCGAACUCACUUCCUUGUUUAGCCUAAAUCACUUGCACUGCUCGUGCUUUGUGGAUUUCCACAAUAUAGAGGGGAGGUCCUAAGGGUCAUGCUAGAUGGUGAUAGACUGAGAGUUCAGCCAAUGAAAAUCCAGAGGGGGGGUUUUUCCCGCUCUUGCCAUAGGCUCCAUUCAAGUCCCUUUCUGAGGCGCUGUGAACGAGAUUAACCCCUACCCCUUGACACUUAAGCUAUAAGAGGGCAAUGUUAAGUGGUGGUGCUUCCACAUCACAAGCACAAGAGUGAAGCAGCAAAGCGCUGACUCACUAACGCAGCGCAAGAAUAGAUCCUAUUCUUUUCUGCUGCGUUUCCCUUUCAGCGUGCAAAUUGGAAGACGUAGUGUGGACAUAGCAGAAAUGUAACUACCAGGGGUUGACUCUCUCUCUUUCCCUACCCGUCCUAAGGACCCAUUUGAAGGGAUCUCAGAAGAGUACAGGAAGGCCCUGGGAGAGGAGGAGCACAGGCUUCUCACUGGGUUCUUUAAUAAAAGCAACGCUGAUUCCAUCCUGCUGGAGAUGCACGAGUUCCUGAUACUGGUCCUGAAGAGCCCCCGUGCAUCUGACACCUACAGACCUGACUGGGGGUAAGGCUGCAGGACACACUGACACCUACAGGCCUCACACACACACACACUCACACACUCACACACACACACACACACACACACACACACACACACACACACACUCACACACACACACUCACACACACACACUCACACACACACACUCACUCACUCACUCACUCACACUCACUCACUCACUCACUCACACUCACUCACUCACACACACACACACACACACACACACACUCUCACACACACACUCACACACACACACUCACUCACUCUCACACACAUGCUAGUAAAGGCCCAACAGGCAGUGUGGAGUGGUUGUCCUUGCCAUUGUAUAGAAUGCUGAACAUUCAAAUGUUUCAUGUGUAGCACUCAACCCUCUGGAAACGACGUCCACACGGACACAUUUUCACAGUAUGACUGGGGGAAAUUAAUUGAGCGCAAUGGUGAACUUCUUUUCUACACAGAUCAUACACUGAUGAUCUUCCCUGAUGUUUCCCUGAACUUUCCAAUACUUUUUUCUGGUGCACUUAAAAUCCCUUCAAAGCAUACUUUCUUCAGACUGAAAGUUUUAUUUUUAUUUUUUUUAUGUCAUUUGUUUCUGAUAACCGCAAAUGUCCUAAAAUAGAGAACCAAAUAGCUUGAUGGUUUGUGUUAUUGACAUCUUAACCAGUAAAAAAAUCAUUCAACUAUUUCUGUGAACCUCACAUGUCCAUUGUAUUACCGUUCUCUUCUAGUCUGAAAGAUACACUUGUGGCAUACAUGGAACGUAAGAACCUGGACAUCCCCUCUGAUGUUGAGCAGUUCUUCCCUGAAGAGAUCGACCUGUCUCAGUACAUCGAAGCCUGGAAGUUCGGGGUGGCGUUGAAACGGGAGAGAAGUCAGAGGUAG